AUGAGGAGCGGCAGGCGAGCAGAAUCAGCCAAAAGAAUGGGCGACGCGUUCGAUGGGGCGACCGACGGCGACGCGGAGCGCCCGCCCCCGAGGCGCGCCCGCCCUCGGACGGCGCCCACUGGCAGCGCCUCAGCGGCAGGCCCGGACACCGCCCGACCUGCGAGCUUCAUCCGGAACAUGAUUUCUCCGGCGUCGUCGACAGUUUCGACUCCGAGAUGUCGGAGGGUGUCGGCGGCGAACCCCGGCGCGGACCGGAGCCACAGGAAGGCGCCGGUGCCGCGCAGGGCGUGCCCCAGGGUCGACAGCCGCAGGCGACCUCGCGGCGCGCCGUGUCCCGGGCGGGAUCGAGGCGGGGCAGAAGUUGGGAGCGAGGGCGGUGCCCGAAGAGGGUGCAACGAAGGGGGGCUGGCGCGGAUGGGGUCUGCGUGGACAAGCCAUCGCUGCGAGGCUCGCCAUUUCCCAAAGCUGUUGGAGGACCUUGAGGACGAGCCUCUUAGCGGCUGGCGCACCCACGACUUGUUGUGA